UGACCAAUUGCCAGCAGCUGUUGCUCAUUUCACAAUGGUCCCGCCCAUACAGUGCUGGGGCUGGCAGUGCAGUCGCUCCACACCAGAUGAGCAGUAACCCAGAGGAAUAGAGGACUGUGUCUGCGCUACAGCCAUCAUGACGGAAAGACUGAAGCCACAGAACACACUCUGGUUGUGCUGAGAGAAGCCUGGAGUGGAGCCCAGCUCAUCCAGUUGUGGGCUAAUUAACCCCCCAUCCACCAUCACUGAUCCCGGCCUUGCCCCGCUGGUUGACCAGAAGACUGUCCUGUGGAGGACAGCACCCUCGCCUGCCUCCACCCUCUGCCUCCUCAUGUCCCCGCAGGUGGAGCAGAGUGCGGGGCGAGUGCUCUCGGCCUGCCUGUCACACGCACCUUGACGGGGAUGGCGCACCGGAGGAGGCUGGGGUUCUUUGUGGGGACUGUCUGCUCCCUGCUGGGUGUCUACAUCCUGGGUGUGAUCCUGGAGAGGCCGCAGUUCUGGUCCAUACCUCCCCUGAAACAUGGCUUCACACAGGAAGCGAGUGGCGGCUCCCGAGACUCCGAGGAGCCUGUUGACAGAAAGAGUAACAGCGACCGGUGGACUCAUCCGCCCCCGGCCUCCACCUUUCACCCAGAGCUCCCAGAGCUGGGUGCUACACAGACUUUAAAGACUCAAGGAGCCACAGAUUUCAGACCAGCAUGGAAAAAUUAUGUGGAUUUGUCAAAGUCCGGUUCCAGGUCCGAUGGCAUGGACAGAAGCAGGACCAGGGGCAGUACUAAAGGCCCCACGCUGAAGCCUCGGCAGCCCACACAGGCAGCCGGGCCGACAGAGCCUCCCUUCAUUGGAGACACUUACAUGAGUGAAGACAUCCUGCCACAAACAGCCUGCCCAGAUGGCAUCCAGAGUCAGGUCACAGAAUCUGAAUUUGGUGGGAAGUUUCUGAAGCACAUUCCGGUCCUGCAGUGGGCCCAACACGUCACUCGUGACCAGCACCAGCGCCUGAGCCGGUACCCUGGAGCGCAUGGCUGGGGGGGCAUCGACUACAACACACUAGUGGAAACUCUUUCUGUCCUCAACUCUUCUGCUAACUGGCAGAUGUUGGACGACUGGAAGGAUCACAGAAAUAAGUCGGAGUGCACCCGCUGUGCUGUGGUGGGCAACGGUGGGAUCCUGAAGGGUUCAAAGAAAGGGAAGGAGAUUGACGACCAUCAUUAUGUCUUCAGGACUAACGGGGCAAUCAUUAAGGGCUUCGAGGAGGACGUGGGUUCUCGGACCACCCACUACACCUUCUCCACCAACACACUGAUGAACUCCAUGAGAAGCUACGCAACUGUCGGGUACAGAGGACCUCCUCUGUCCAAGGAAACGCGAUACGUUUUUCUGCCAGAUCACGACCGUGACUACCUGCUGAUGAAGGCUGCAGCGACACACACUCUGGUGGAGAGGGGGCCUGAGCAGGCCAAAGAUCCAUCCAAGUACUUUGGAGAGGACGUGUCGGCAGACAAGUUGAAAAUGUACCAUCCUGAUUUCAUCCGUUACCUCAGAAACAGAUUCCUUCGUUCUAAUGCUCUGAACACCAGAUAUAAGGACAUUUACCGUCCGUCUACAGGAGCUGUUAUGCUGUUGGCUGCCCUGCACACUUGUGACAAGGUGAGUGCAUAUGGCUUCAUGACCCCAGAUUACAAGAACUACUCUGACCACUACUACGACAACAGCUACCACCCAGUGGGCUUCUUCAUCAACCACGACCUGCGCAUGGAAAUGGCUCUAUGGCAGCAGCUGCACCAGGCGAGACUCAUACGCCUCUACAUGCGCAAGUAAACUCAGAUCGACCAGAAAUGACGUCAUCCCGCCCUCGCAUGAGCAUUUGGAGCGUGGUUACCUGAAAAAUGACGACUCCGCCUGCCUGGUCUCAGAAUGACACUUCAUGACUCUCUGAACUGAGAGAAAGUAGCAAAGGUUGGAGAGAACAAGAACUUCUUUAAAAGACAUUUCCUCUGAUUGUUCAGGAUGGAGAUUUGUUUUUAUUUAUCAGAAUUUUAUUUUUCUUUCUCCCAGAGACCAUGUCUUGGUAAUUUGUGAAAAUAGGUCCAGACAUGUUGUUUAAAACCAGACUAAAUUACAUCAAGAAGAUUUCUGUCAGUGUAGGCGAGUCAGUUGUCGGAUGGAUUGUCAUCAGAUUUGGUAAAACAUUCAAAGUCUUCAGAGGAUGAAGUUUCAGUUUGCCCAAAACUUAAUGAACAAAUAUCAAAAACAAAAGUGCUGACAUUCCCGUCAGCCUCUGCUACUUUGUUAAUUUGCAAAUGUUAGCAUGCUAACAUGGAAACCUAAGAUGGUGAAUACAGUAAAUAUUGCACCUAAACACCAGCACUGUCAUAGUUAGCAUUUAACUCCAAACAAUUCACCUCUGGACAAUCCAGUACUUAUUUAUUUCUGAUUUCACUUGUUAGCAAACUGCUUCAGAUUAGCAAAAGUAGCAAAGUAAGGUUAUUUAAACUGAGUGACUAUAUGGAUAGCAUUGCAAGUAAGUUUACAAUAUUGUUGUGUGGCGGUUCUCGUUCUGCUGACGUUGUGGGAAUGCAGCAUUAGCUAAAAGCACCACAGUUAACACAGCUGCUGUUUGACACAGUUCCCAUAAUUAUCUUUUCUUCCUCUUUUUCUUACAUUUGUCAUAGUUCCUCUGACAGAAUUGGAAAAAAAACCCCCAAAACAACAGGUUUUAGAUAAAUAGUCUACCACUAAGAUUGUUUUUUAUUGAUUCUUAUUUGCCACAUUAUUUUAUUUUAUUUAUUUACCCUCAGAGAAUUGAAAAUAAACUCAAGCUUUAAAGUAUUAGUAUUUUAGAGGUAGAGGUUUGUUGUAUUUGAUGACAAAAUAUGAAAAAGUCACGUGCCAUCCACAAGGCCAGGUGGCUAUAUUGCUAAAGCUGUUAGCAAGCUAAUCACACAAGAAUGGCAAAGUGGAACCAAAAUUUCCCUUGGCUAACAUGCUAACUAGACAUCUGUGAGUGCUAACACAUUACACAAUGUAAAAGAUAUCUUUAGGAAUGCUCGAAUCCAUAUUUAAAUUUGAUUAAUGCCGCUGUUAAGGUUGAGUACAGCAACAUUUAAAGGCCUACAUUUUAGAGUGUAGUUACAAGCUCUUCUCUCAUACUGAUACUGAGUACUGAUUGAGAUGUUACUGAAACAAACACUCUUCAUCCAUUUUAGCCCAGCUGAUGUGUUUUGACCUGCAAAUCACCAAAGCCAUGAUUACUGGGAUGACUUUACAGCAUAGCAAACAAUCACUGAGUGACUGAGUUGGAGUGGAGUUUCUUGUUGGUGUGAUACAGCAUGUUGACAAGGAACAAGACUGCAAUUGAGUUGGCCACUUACUUAAAAUAUCCCUGCCCUAAAUAGACAGUGAGAGCACUGCUGGCAGUGGCCAACGUCUAUGCUGACAUUUAACGUCUUCUUACAAGGGUCUGUAUGUUCAUUUUCCUCUGGGAGUUAACAAAAAGCUCACUGGGGCAAAUAUUUGAACCUGAAAGUGACUUUAGUUUAAGGGAAUUAAAUUAUUUUUUUCUCUGUUCUUAAUAUUUUGAGCACACAAGUGUACUUUUGUUUUUACAAAGUGCCACGCUGUGAUGACGUGAACACUGUGUCGGCUCAGCUGGACUUUUGGUGCCUUUUACUGUGAAUCGGUAGUCUGGAUGGAGCGUUAUGAAGGGGAAAUUUCUUGACUUUUUCACAACAACGUUAACGUGGAGGUGAGCGGCUCCUCCCCGUGUUUGCCGAGGACUCAUCUUGUGCAAUCUGUUAUCUGUUGUACUCUGUGAGCUGUGACCUUGAAGGGGGAAAAUUUAUUAGGCUUUAUUUUUGCCGCUCAUGUCAAACACGACUGACACAUCGUGUGCUCAGUGACAUAUUACUGAAAUAGAUUCGUUUUUUUACUGUAGGUCUGAGGAGGGAGAAGAAAAGAAACCAAAGACACACUGCAAAUCAGGGAAUAUUUAAACUUUUUUAAUAAUAUCAAAUUAACGCAUAUUCAUUUACAACUGAAAUACUGGAUCAUAUUUUUCCAAAGCGUAAGAGAAAAAGGGGAGAUGUUUAUAGUGCAAUUCUUUUUAAUUUUGACUGUAUAAAGGAAAACUGUGAUUUUUA